UUUGAUUCUCAAAAUUGCUGAUUCCAUUGAAUGCUAUGACCAAAUAGAGACAUCAUCAAACCAUAUCCUAUCAUGCCCAAUCAAAUGUUGCAGAAGGAUGUUUUUAAACACUGGCAUAUGAAAGCCACCCUACCAUGUCAUUGUGAUUGUAAUAAUUGUAUGCGGGUGGCGGGUAAAGAACCUCAGGGCACUUGCGCCGAAACCAGCCUUGAGAUGACACUGACAGUGCGUCACAACAACAUUCUACUAUGACAACAUGGACUCUGCCCUCUGCGGACGGGCCAUUUCAUUUAGCAUAGUUUAUUCUUCAGCGAUGCGAUGUACUUUAUCCAGGUAAUGUAUUCCCGCAGCUGACAUUCGCGAUCGACGAUUAUUUAGAACAUCAGUGUCUGCUAUGACUAUUAGUAGCGUCACGUCUAUUAAACAUGUCCUCGCACUAUCUGUAUCAAAAUGUCUUUACAAGAUGAGCGAUUUCAAGUAUUUUACCUGAAGCAGAGACGAAAUCCUCGGUUUAUUUGACUACAUUUUGGCUGAGAGAGCGUAUAAGGGGCUGAGUCACGUUACUUCCUGGUUUCGAGCGCCAGAGGUUGGAGGAACUGCGUGGCUGAAAAAAGAAACUGACACGUGGAUCAUCAUCAACACUAUAGGAGCAGAGAAAAACAGCUAAUUCUUCAGCAGCUACGAACAUCGCAAGUUCACUCAUUUAUGACGAUUGCAAGAGCUCAAUGAAUGCUGCAUUGGAGAUAUAAGGAAAUGCUUCUGCGAAGAAACAGGGAUCAAAACAUAAUUUUUGCAUUUCUCAGCCUUUUUGCCUGUCACGGUCGCACGGACUGACCCGAAAGGAUAUUAGAGAAGAUAGUUACAAACAAAUAUAUUUGUCGUUGAAUGGCAAUUCUACAAAAACAUGGCAAGAACUCCUGUCCAGAUUUGGCCAGUGUUAAGGAGAACCCAGCAGAGCAUUUCGGACAAGCUGGAUCACAGAAGAAGUGGACAGAGUCGAGUCAGAACUGGACAAGGCCAUUAGCGAGGAUUUGGACCGUGGUGCUCUUGCUGGGAACAUGCCUGCUGUACUGCGCCCGUGUGGCGAUGCCUAUCUGUGCUGUGACCAUGGCAGAGAAGUUCAGCUGGUCGAAGAGAGAGACGGGCUUGGUGUUGGGAAGCUUCUUUUGGGGCUACUGCUUCACUCAGGUCCUUGGAGGCUACGUCAGUGACAGGGUGGGAGGAGAGAAAGUGAUGCUGUUGUCAGCAGCAGCUUGGGGUGCAAUGACAGCUUUCACUCCAAUCUUGGCCCAUUUCUGCUCCCAGCCCAUCAUCUCCAUGACAAUCUCCCGCUUCCUAAUGGGCCUGCUGCAGGGCGUUCACUACCCAUCUCUGGCCAGUCUGUGCUCUCAGAAGGUUGUGGAGAGUGAGAGGGGCUUCCUCAUGAGCACAGUGGGAAGUGGCUCAUACCUGGGGACUUUGGUGAUAGGAGGUGUAGGCUCUCUCAUGCUGGAUUUGUAUGGCUGGGAGAGUGUGUUCUAUGUCUCAGGGCUUCUGUCUAUGCUGUGGGCGUACUGCAUGUGGAAGUAUCUGCUGAAAGGAGAGGAUCCCAUCAUCACGCUGGAGUCUCUGGGGAGUGCUGGGACCCAGUCCAAACUGACCAAGAGAAACUGGCUGCGUCUCUUCAGACAGCCAGCUGUGUGCGCUGUCAUUAUUACACAUUUGUGCACUGCUAGCACAUUCUUCACACUGCUGUCAUGGCUGCCAACAUUUUUCAAGGACACCUUCCCUGAUGCCAAGGGUUGGGUGUUUAAUGUGAUCCCAUGGUUUGUGGCCAUCCCCUCUUCCCUGUUUAGUGGCUGCCUCUCUGACCAUCUAAUCAGUCAGGGUUUUGAUACUGCAUCUGUGAGAAAACUCAUGCAGUUUUUCUCUAUGGGUGUGUCCAGUGUGUUUACUCUGUUUCUGUGUGGGACCACUACUUUCCCUACAGCUGUGGCUUUCGUGUCCGCUAUUAUGGGCCUCACCACAUUCAGCCACUGUGGGGUUUCGGUGAACGUUCAAGAUCUCGCUCCAUCAUGUGCAGGGGCUCUGUUUGGGGUAAUGAAUACCUGUGGAGCAUUUACAGGGGUCAUCAUGGUUUAUUUCUCGGGGUAUCUGAUCGAGGCCACUGGUUCCUGGGCGUCAGUUUUUGGCAUCAUCACUGUAGUCAACCUGCUUGGUUUAGGAACAUUUUUAACCUUCGCAGAAGCUCGCAGAGUGGACAUCGAUAUAGCGAAGGGCCAUUAUCACAACAUCCACAUUUGAGACCAGAGAAUACCGGAGCAGAGGAAAACCAUGAGUCCUCAGACGAGCACCAUCGUAUGGAUAUAGCAUAUCAUGUGCAGCAGGGACAGAAAGGAGAGGUUAAUACGAUAAGGUUAUCUGCUUGAUCUUUGUUUUUCUUUGCUUGGUUGGUUAUGCCGAUGGGAAUAUAUGAAAGAAUUUAAACAACUAAUUCAGAUUCUCUCUCUCUCUCUCUCUCUCUCUCUCUCUCGUGUGUGUGUGUAUAUGUAUGUGUAUAUAUAUAUAUAUAAUGUAUAUGUAUGUGUGUAUA